UCGCUUCUCUCUCAACGAGCCACCAGUUAUCAACACCCUUCUUUCCCUCUCGCUCCUACUGUCCUGCCUGACAAGUUUCCCAUCCCCAUUCCUGUGGUUGCUGAUUUUCUCGCUCGCACGAAGGAAUACUGAAACGCUGCUAAUUGAAAUCGCGGCUUGCUAGUAAGAGCCUAUUGUUUUCACUUGUUAAGUUAUCAGUUCAAAUGGGCAAACGGCAAUGAAUAGCGUUCCUUUCAGUCUUCUCUGAUCUACCCCUUUUUCCUCUGACCAGAUGCUUGAUUGGAAGGAUUAGCAAUGGCCGUAUCCAUGCUUUGCAGUUUGUGUGGCACCAUAUAAGGCUGCUGGGAUUAUUAUUGAUUUCUCUCACACGAGACAGGUAGUAUGGUUUUUAAUUUUUAAGGAUUAUCUCCGCAUUGGUCUCCUCGCGUCUGGUUAAUCUGCAGUUUCCGUUAUUCUAAUUCUAAAUUCCAAAUGUAUUCAAAUUGUUAACAAUCGACUUAUUGCACACAAAAAAUGAACAUAAAUGCACAAAGAAGAUUAAGGGGCACACAAGCGAACCUAUAAAAAACUUGCUGUAACAGUUAGGUUUAGGUUGCAGCAGUAGAUAAUGGAUGAAAUCUUCUGGCGUUGCUCUUCUGUGCCAUGGACACAUCUUGAUUUAUUACAUUUAUUCCAAAGUAUUAUGGUUUAUUAUAGGUUUCUAGAUCGACUUUAUUUUUCUCUGAACUUUUAGGGAGCUAUUUUGAAUCAGAUGGGUUAUAAUUAUAAUUUUACCUUGAAUUAAAAGUAUUAAUGUUUCUGUAUUAUAAAAAUAUAUUACAUGAAGGUCUAUUUACUUUUGCUUCAAGAAUGGGAGUUGAGAAAGCAGGAACAAAAAGUGGAGGUGGACACGUUGGUGGGUUUUUCCAGUUGUUUGACUGGACUUCAAAAUCUCGGAAGAAACUGUUUGCUUCUAAGUCAGAUGUACCAGAAUCUUUGAAGCAGGGAAAAAAAGUUGAUGGCAACUUGGCAAUGACACGGCCCUAUGUGGUGAUGAAUGAAGAUGAAAUUGGAGCCGGGGCAAGUGUUAGAGGAAGUGAUCAUAGUUAUGCUUCAUCAGUUACAGAUGAUGAGGCAUGUGGAACAAGGGUCCCAGGCGUAGUUGCUCGGCUUAUGGGAUUAGAUGCUCUACCCCCUUCUGGUUUUCCUGAGCCCUAUUCUUCUCCAUAUUUUGAUACCCCAUCCCUUCAAGAUGCUCAAUGUUGCAGGAAAAAUCUCAACUAUCAGUAUGAUCAUGCCAUUUAUUCUGGAAAUUUGGGUGAAAAAGUUGAGAGCUCUUCGAGGAACUUCAUGGAGCCAAAGCCCCGGAAGACCGUUAGCAGGCCAAUUGAGAAGUUCCAAACAGAAGUAUUGCCACCUAAGUCAGCUAAAUCGAUUCCUGUUACACAUCAUAAGCUUUUGUCUCCUAUCAAGAGUCCUGGCUUUGUUCCAAGCAACAACCCUGCUUAUAUAAUGGAAGCAGCUGCAAGGAUUAUCGAACCUCGGCCCCAAGCUACUGUAAAGCCUAAAACUCCAUCGAUAGCUUCGUCUUCUGUGUCAUUGAAGGUUCGAGGACUUAAAGAAAAAGUGGAGGCUUCACAAAAAGGACCUCUUUUUGGGUUAUCUACAGUAAAAUCCAGAGCCAGAGAUUUGAAAGAAAAAAGAGAGGUUUCUCAAAGAACAAUUAGGCUUUCCGAACGUUCUCAAAAAUUGGUUGAGUCAAAUGCUGCUAUGUAUCUCAAGGGACAGUCCUUAAAUAAAAGUUGGAAUGGAUCUACGGAUUCAUCCAUUGGAUCAACGGAUGCAGGAGAAGAUUUUUCACUACAGAAUAAAGGAAAGUCUAUCUCGCUUGCAAUCCAAGCAAAAGUGAAUGUUCAAAGGAGGGAAGGCUUGAGUUUGAAUGGCAGUAGAGGUUUGGUGGGGCAGAAAGAACAUCACGAGCUUAAACCCAACCCACCUUUGAGGACUAAUGUUCAAAAGAAUUUGCAGAAAAAAUCUUCUGUGCAGGGUACUAAUGGUGUUCUCCGAAAAACAAUCAAAAACAGAAUUGUUCGGUUGAUAAGGGCAAGCUACCAUCAAAGGCAUCAAUUUCCAAUGAUAGGAAAGUUCUGUCGGGGGGCUCAUCCUACGGACGUCAUAGAACUUCUAGUAGUAGAUCUGCCGGGAAACCCAAAACUGGUACAAGGAAGUCAAGCUUGGGUGCCUCAGAUUGUGAAAAUGAAGUUUUCUAUACCAGUACAAAUAAUUUCCCUAGAAAGAAAAGGUCCACCGACAAGGACUGGAAUGAUCGGGAGAUGCUUUGAGUAUUCUUUUAGAGCAGAAACUAAGGAAUUAAUGUAUGGAGCUGAUACUCCAUAUAACAGCUCUUCUAAAGCCUGGACGUCUUCUAGUAUUGCAUCAAACUCAGUAGAUCCGAUAUCUUCCCCUAGUUUAGUUAAUCCCCUCCCAAGAUUCCAACAAAAGGACCAAGACGUGAUAUCUACAGAUACCUUAUGCACCAGGCAAUAUUCUGACAUCUCUCCCACUAGUCUUCCAGAUGUAACAUCAAAACAUAAGUCAUUGGUUGUUGAUGGGAUGAAGGAGUUUAGGUCCAAUCAUAUGGAAUCACAGUUAUUCAACUGUCGACACCCAAGUCCAAUCUCUGUUCUUGAACCUUCUUUCUCAACUGAAAGUUGUGAAUCUCUAGUCAGCACAAGUGCUAUUAAUAGCACAGGAGAAAGCAAGUUGUGCUCAUCUGUCCAAGCUCAGGAAGUCUUUGGUCCGAACACUUCAAGGAAGUUUUAUCAUGCAGAAGCUGACACUGAGUUAUCAGAUUCAGCUUCUUCAACCUCAUCUGGAACUAUUUUAAAGAAGCAUACAGGUACAUUUUCUGUAAUGAAGUUUGGAAGAUCGAGUACAUGGGAAUUGGACUAUGUGAAAGAAAUAUUGUGUAAUGUAGAACUGAUGUUUAUGGACCAUGCCCUUGGUCAAGCACGAGAGAUUGUGAGCCCCCAUCUAUUCAAUCAGUUGGAAAGCAUGAAAGAAGGGUUUGAGAAUGUUGGUGGUGAGUCAAGGAUAAACAGGAAAGUUAUGUUUGAUUGUGUGAGUGAAUGCAUGGACACAGCGUGUAGGCGUUAUGCAUGUGGGGGAUACAAAAUGUGGGCCAAAGGGGUCAUGAAGGUGAGAAAGAAUGAACGGUUGGCUGAGGAAGUGUACAAAGAGAUUUCUAGUUGGGGAGCCAUGGGGGAUUCAAUGGUCGAUGAACUUGUAGAUAAGGACAUGAGCAGCCAAUAUGGACGAUGGCUCAAUUUUGAUGUUGAUGCUUUUGAACUAGGAGCAGAGGUUGUGGAUCAAAUAUUUGAUUCUUUGGUCAAUGAUUUUGUCGCUGAAAUCUUGCAAAAUUAACAUCCAAAUGCUGUUACAAUGGUGGGCUGAAGGGGGUUGCAAUUGUGAGAAAGAAUGAACGAUUGGCGUAUGAAGUGUCCUGUCCAAGGAGAUUUCUGGUUGAUGGCUUGUGGUGGAUAAGGAACAUAAUAAGCUAAUAUGGAAGAUGGCUAGAUUUUGAUAUCGGAGCUUUCGAACAAGCUGAGGUUGAGGAUCAGAUAUUUUACUCUUGGGUCGAUGAUAUUUUUGCCGAAACCUUGCGAUAUAACAUCUAAAUGAUUCUUCCUUCCUGUUUUAAAUCCCUAUUUCCCUACCCUCUGGGGUGUGUGAUUAAGAUUUUUGGCAUUGUCUCAAAGUGGAUUACAAAGUCAUAUAAAUAUCACAUAAAGUCAUUUAUUUCUGUUGCUUCA